AGUUUUUUGACCUUUGACCCCUGUGACAUCGACAGUACGGUGCUAGUGAAUGAAUGUGCUAGACUAUUUAUGAGAACUGAGUUCCUCUCUCUAAGAGGUGUUGUAGGCUUGUAGCAAGUAUGGCCGAUGUUCGUGCUUUUCUCUCAUCCCUGAUGGGUCCUGGGGCACGGUACUAUUGUCACCAUUGUGAACACCCCUUCAAAAUGCAAACCACUACUCCGGACCUCCCAGUGUGCCCUAAUUGUAGUUCUGAGUUCGUCGAGGAGGCUGUUGAUGAGAAUGAACCACCACAGCCUAUACCAUUAGAGGGCCGAGAUCCCACUGGUGACGCCCACUCUCAGUCGUCAGAAAUGGACACGGAUGAUCCAGUGCCAGAGAGAGUUCCUUUUCCACCAUCUUCUUCUAGAAGAAGAUUCAACCCAUUUAAUCCUUUCCCACCCGGUGAACCCUACGUGAUGAUGAGAGUGCCUCAACGGAGACCACUGACAGUACAAAUCCAUGAGCACAUAGAGUCUAUGAUGGAUCAGCACAGAGCACAAGUACGAGAGGAGCAGCAGCAGCAACGAGAACAAGCCGAAGGAGGUGACCAAGCCACUCCACAAACAACUCAGAAAACCUCUGAAACCAGUCAAGAAACUUCACAAACUCGUCAAUCAAGUUCUCAAGCGACUUCCCGGCGUGAGAGCGAAUCGAACCCACCCCCUGCCCAGAGGCCUCGUCCUAACCAACCCCCUCACUUCGGGCCAGCCAGUUCCGAGUCAACAGAUCAGCUGGACGACCUCCACUUCAGCGUGGGUAUGCCGUGGUACUUUAUGGUUCAUCACAGAGAGCACGCACAGCAACGACAACAACAACAACAUCAAGAACAACAGCGUCGGAGGGCGACGGCAAUGGCAGCUGCAGCCAGGAGCUUGGUAGGCUCCCCUCUUGUACUGGGAUUUGCUGGUGCUGGAGGGCCUGGUGGUAUGGAAGCACUCCACUCUUCCCCAGGAGACUAUGUGUGGGGCCCUCAGGGAAUAGAUAACAUGAUAUCUCAGUUACUGGCCAGUUUAGAGGAUCCUGGACCACCUCCUGCUGAGCAGAACAAGAUUGAAUCUCUGCCCACUGUGUUGUCAACUCCUGAAAACAUGGAGUUUUGUAAAAGUUGCUCAGUGUGUAAAGAAGAUUUUCCGAACGGGGAGAAUCUGCUGCAGCUGCCAUGCACCCACCUUUACCAUAAGGACUGUAUUCUACCGUGGCUCAAACUGCAUGAUACUUGCCCGACUUGCAGGUUUCAUCUGAACACUGGCGAGGCUAACAAGGAGAAGGAACCAGUCUAGCAGACUCUAUGUUCUCUGUAUAGUAUGAUUGUACAUGUACAAGUCGUUCAUUGUAUACACACUGUACAAUAUGUGACACUGAUCGAAUAAACUUCAAUAUGCUAAAAAUAA